CUAAAAAAAAUACACCCGUUUCUGAAAAGAUUUUGCAAAUAUACUCCAUUUAAUACUCCAUGCGGACGUUUCAUGCGGACGUUUGUUUUUUUUUAAACUUGAUUAGAUAGUUUACCAAACACGGCCACUACUGCAUAAACAAGGACGUUCUAGUCAACACUCGGGAGUCGCGGUCCAAUUCAAACAGUCAACAAUCCACCCGAUCGCCAGCGCACCGGCGUCGCAGGUUACCUGCAGGAGCAGCAGCAGGGCAAUUCCCUUUUAACUGUUGCUGGUCACGGUCCUCUCUCUCUCUGGACGUUCACAUUACUUGCUCGGAUUUAUACAUGGACACCAUCAUCCCAUGGUCCAGCUUCAACCACCAAAACCCGUUCACAGUUCACACGGUGCCACUUGCUAUCAGCAAAUUUUUGCUAAAAUUCACCAAAUUUCAGUACUGAAUUGUGAUUGGUAUCAGCACGACACCGUGUGAUUGUGAUCUCCUGCGGUCUAGUCAAAACCUUGCAAUCCUAGCCUUGUCACCCGCCGUGGCCCGCUGAUGGCGAACCACGGUGGCAGGUCGCUCUCAUGGCAGCCCCUUCCUUGCGGCUCUCGGUUUCGUGCGCCCUGAAUACCGUGCCGCUGCCGGAACCUUCCUCGCUUGACUUCGCGCGGGACUAAUGGUGGAGCGAUCGUCAGAAUCUGCGUGAUCCGGUGAGCGUGCAGCGUCAUGGCGGCCGAGCGCUUCCUGCUGAUGGCGGUGGCGGCCGUCGUGGUCGCGGCCGGUGGCGGCGGCGCCGCGGAGUUCGCCUACGACGGCUUCCGUGGCGCGGGCCUGUCGCUCGACGGCAUGGCCGCCGUCACGCCGGCCGGGCUGCUGCUGCUCACCAACGACACCAACAUGGCGUCGUCGCAGCAGAACGACACCGCCAUGUCCAAGGGCCACGCCUUCCACCCAGUCCCGGUGAGGUUCCGCCGCGCGGCGCCGGGGGCAGGUGGUGCCGCCGGCGGCGAGGUGCCGUCCUUCUCGACCACGUUCGUGUUCGCCAUCGUGUCGGAGUUCCUGGACCUGAGCACGAGCGGGUUCGCGUUCCUGGUGGCGCCCACCACGGACCUGUCCCCGGCGAUGCCGCAGCAGUACCUGGGCCUCUUCAACAGCACCGACAACGGCGACCCCCGCAACCGCGUCUUCGCCGUCGAGCUCGACACCGUGCGCAACCCGGAGUUCGCCGACAUCAACAACAACCACAUCGGCGUCGACGUCAACAGCCUCAACUCCUCGGCCGCAGCGCCGGCGGGGUACUACGACGACGCCGACGGCGCGUUCCGGAACCUGAGCCUCAUAAGCCGGGAGCCCAUGCAGGUUUGGGUGGACUACGACGCCGCCACCGCGGCGGUCACCGUGGCCAUGGCGCCGGCGCGGCGGCCCCGGCCGAAGAGGCCGCUCCUGUCCACGAACGUCAACCUCUCCGCCGUCAUCGCCGGCACGGCGUACGUCGGCUUCUCGUCGGCGUCCAGCAUCGUGCUGGUCAAGCACUACGUGCUCGGCUGGAGCUUCAGCCUCGGCGGCGAAGCUCCGGCUCUCGACUACGCCAUGCUGCCCAGGCUGCCGCGCAUCGGCCCGAAGCCCCGGUCCAAGGCGCUGGCCGUCGCGCUGCCGAUUGCCACCACGGCGACCGUCCUCGCGGCGGUCGCCGUCGGGUUCUUCCUCCUCCGGCGGCGGCGCCGGUACGCCGAGCUGCGCGAGGAUUGGGAGAUGGAGUUCGGGCCGCACCGGUUCGCGUACAAGGACCUGUACGACGCCACCGAUGGGUUCAAGGACAGGCGACUCCUCGGAGCAGGAGGAUUCGGGAGGGUGUACAGGGGCGUGCUCCCGGGGUCCCGGACCGAGGUCGCCGUGAAGAAGGUGUCCCACGGAUCACGGCAAGGGAUGAAGGAGUUCGUCGCCGAGGUGGUCAGCAUCGGCCGGCUCCGGCACCGCAACCUCGUGCCGCUGCUCGGCUACUGCCGGCGCAAAGGGGAGCUCCUGCUGGUCUACGACUACAUGCCAAACGGCAGCCUCGACAGGCACCUGCACGGCGGCGCCGGCGAGCCCGUCCUGGUCUGGGCUCGGAGGCUUCACAUCAUCCGAGGCGUCGCCGCCGGGCUGCUCUACAUGCACGAGGACUGGGAGAAGGUGGUCGUCCACCGGGACAUCAAGGCGAGCAACGUGCUACUUGAUGGCGAGAUGAACGGGCGGCUGGGCGACUUCGGCCUCGCGAGGCUGCACGACCAUGGCGACGACGCGCACACCACGCGCGUGGUCGGCACCAUGGGCUACCUGGCGCCGGAGCUGGUGCGCACUGGCAGGGCGACCACUCGCUCCGACGUGUUCGCCUUCGGCGCGUUCGUUCUGGAGGUUGCCUGCGGCCGGAGGCCCAUCGAGGAGGAGGAGGAGGAGGAGGACGGCCGGUUCGUGCUCGUGGAGUGGGUGCUCGGUCACUGGCGCGAGGGCUCCAUCGCCGGCGCGGUGGACGCCAGGCUCGGCUCGGAGUUCGACGCCGCGGAGGCGGACCUGGUGCUGCGGCUGGGGCUGGCGUGCCUGCACCCGUCGCCGGCGGCGCGGCCGAGCAUGCGGCAGGUCACGCAGUACCUCGACGGCAGCGCGCCGUUGCCGGAACUGCCCGCGACGUACGUCGCGUUCGAGGGCGGGGAGAAGCACCAGCACCAGCAGGCGCUCUUCGACUCGUGGUCCGUCUGGCGGACGACCUCGACGGCGGCGAUGAGCUUCGCCACCAUGUCUGACAUCGGCAUAUCCGGCGGCAGAUGACACGGGCACACGGCCGUAGCGUGUUCCUCCUCCAUUUGAGGCUGCGAUUGUUUAGAGUCCCAAUUAGCAAUUGGGAAUCGAGGCUAAUGGCGCGAUGAUUUGAUCAGAACGCAAAAUUUUGACCCUUUCUUAUACGGUCUUUUAAUAAGAUAUGCUUAUCUA